AUUCUGGGUAGAGUGGUGUGCCUUUAGUUGUGAGGUGCCAUUUUGUUAGCUGCAGCACUCAGGUUUGUGAAUCGCCUCUGGUGUAAUCAAUGAUUUAAAAUAAAAACAAAUUAGUCUCUAACUGCCAGACUUCAGAUAAAAUGUUGUCCGCCGCCCAGUUACUCGAUGAAUUAAUGGGCAGGGACAGAAACUUAGCUCCCGAUGAGAAACGAUGUGACGUCCGCUGGGACCACGAGACGGUUUGCAAAUACUACCUUUGUGGAUUUUGUCCCGCAGAACUAUUUACAAAUACACGAUCUGACUUGGGUCCAUGUGAAAAAAUCCACGAUGAGAAUCUGAAGAAAAUGUAUGAGAAGAGCUCUCGCUUCAUGAAGGACGGCUAUGAGAGGGAAUUCCUGCGCUACCUGCAGUCGCUCCUGGCCGAGGUGGAGAGGCGGAUCCGCAGGGGCCACGCCCGCCUGGCGCUGUCGGAGACGCAGCAGGCGUCUGGGGGUUUGGGGCCGUCGGCUAAGAAUGAAGAAAAAGCCCAAGUCUUGACUGAAAAGAUCGAGGAUCUUGUGCAACAGAUUGAGGAGCUAGGCUCAGAGGGUCGGGUGGAGGAGGCCCAGGGCAUGAUGAAGCUGGUGGAGCAGCUGAAGGACGACAGGGAGCUGCUCAGCUCCACCCCCUCUGUGAGUAGCUCCUCCUCCCCACCACUGCUCGGCUCCACCCCCUCUGCCAUUGAAAGCUUCGCUUCUCAGGAGAAGCAGAUGGAGGUGUGCGAGGUGUGCGGGGCCUUCCUGAUCGUGGGCGACGCCCAGUCCCGCGUGGACGACCACCUGAUGGGCAAGCAGCACAUGGGCUACGCCAAAAUCAAGUCCACGGUCGAGGAGCUGAAAGAGAAACUGCAGCGGCGGCCGGCGGAAACGGAGCGCGAGGAGAAGGGGAGGAAGGAGAAGGAGGACCGCGAGCGCGAGAGGGAGGAGAGGGAGAGGAAGCGCAAAGAGGAGGAAGAGAAGAAGGAGAAGGAGAGAGAGAAGGAGCGGGAGAGAGAGCGAGCGCGGGAGCGGGAGAAGGAGCGGGAUCGCGAGCGGGAGAGGGAGCGGGACCGGGAGCGGGGACGCGACCGCGAACGGGAGCGCGAGCGGCACGGGCGGCGCAGCCACUCGCGAAGCCGCCACUCCAGCCGGCCGUCGGACCGCCGGCGGUCCCGCUCCCGAGAGCGCAAGUGGGCCCGGAGCAAAGAGCGGGAGAGGGAGAGGAAACGCAGCAGGAGCCGGGACCGGGAGAGGAGGCGCAGCCGCGACCGCUCGGAGAGGAAGCAGCGCUCGCGCAGCAGAGAGCGACGCCCGUCCCGCGGCUCGGACGGCCGCAGCCACAAGCACCGGAGCCGCAGCCGGGAACGGGACCGGGAGCGCGACAGGAAGUCCGCGGAGCGCGACAGGAAGUCCACGGAGCGCGACAGGAAGUCCGGGGACAGAGACCGCAAAGAAGCGGACGAAAAGAAGAGCGGUAAGACGCCGAAAGAGGAGUCCGGCGGGGAGGGCAGGGCCGCCGGCGCGGCCGACUCGGAGCCGAUGGAGGUGGGGCCCUGCGGGGCCCCCGGGUCCCCCGGGUCCCCCGGGGCCGAGCUGAAUGGAGCGGCUGAAGACAUGCAUUCUGAAGGUGACACUCAGUCCAAUUAAAACUGAUCUGAUAGGACCUCAGAUCAGACCCAGGGGCUGAUGGGAUGCGGGGAGGAAGAGGAUCUGAAGACUUCCUGUCCUGAGCCUGCUGCUUUAAACAAGGUGAACUACAGCUGUAGUGGCUUAUAGAUGCACAGAAAAAGAAAAAAAAAAACCUGUGUUAAAAACGGUAUCUGUUGCCCACCACCCCACCCCACCCCCCCCCACUUUCAGGACUUGGUGUUCCCCACAUUGCUUACUUCCGUUCUGUAGUCCCCCACACAGCACACAGCCUGGAAGCACAUGGAGUGUCACUUUUGGCAUUUUAUUUUUGAUCUCCAUAUCAGAAAAAAAAAACAAAAACAAAAAAAAAAAAAAAAGCUUUUGUACAUGUGGCUCGUUAGGUUUUUUGACAUCAGGUUGUGCGUUGACUUUUUAUAGCGAAAUAUCAGUUCUCUCACAGCAUUUGUACCAGAAACAUCAAUGUCCGGAAACAUCAAUUGGUUUCCUCACUUGAAAAUAUCACUUAUUUUGAUUGUUUUGUUUCCUUUAGUGUUGAGGCAAACUGACGUACAAUUUUGCAAAUUGGAUUGAUUUUAUCAUUAUUAUUUUUUUCCUUCUGAUUUUCAAAGCCUGUAAAUUUGUGUUAAUAAAAAGUACAACAUUUC